AUGGCGGAGGAGGUGAGCACCCUGAUGAAGGCCACGGUCCUGAUGCGGCAGCCCGGGCGGGUGCAGGAGAUCGUGGGCGCCCUCCGCAGGGGCGGGGGAGACCGCUUGCAGGUCAUCUCUGAUUUUGACAUGACCUUGAGCAGGUUUGCGUAUAAUGGAAAGCGAUGCCCUUCUUCUUACAACAUUCUGGAUAACAGCAAGAUCAUCAGUGAGGAGUGCCAAAAUGAGCUCAAAGCGCUCCUCCACCACUAUUACCCAAUUGAGAUUGACCCACACCGGACCAUCAAGGAGAAGUUACCUCACAUGGUGGAAUGGUGGACCAAGGCACACGAUCUCCUUUGCCAACAGAAGAUUCAGAAGGCUCAGAUUGCCCAGGUGGUUAGAGAGUCCAAUGCAAUGCUUAGGGAGGGAUACAAGACGUUCUUCAACACCCUCUACCAGAACAACAUUCCCCUUUUCAUCUUUUCUGCGGGCAUUGGUGACAUCCUGGAGGAAAUUAUCCGGCAGAUGAAAGUGUUCCACCCCAACAUCCACAUCGUGUCUAACUACAUGGACUUUGACGAAAACGGUUUCCUCCAGGGAUUUAAGGGCCAGCUCAUACACACAUACAACAAGAACAGCUCCGUUUGUGAGAACUCUGGCUACUUCCAGCAGCUUCAGGGCAAAACCAACAUCCUCCUGCUGGGAGACUCCAUGGGGGACCUCACGAUGGCUGAUGGGGUGCCAGGUGUGGAGAACAUUCUCAAGAUUGGCUUCUUAAAUGACAAGGUGGAAGAGCGGCGGGAGCGCUACAUGGACUCCUACGACAUUGUGCUGGAGAAGGACGAGACGCUGGACGUGGUCAACGGGCUGCUGCAGCACAUCCUGCACCGCGGGGACUGGAGAGAGACGCAGGGCUCCUGAGAGCCAGCAGGCGGCUGGGGGACCAGGCACCACGGGCUGGAGAGUGGGGAGCCUCACCA